CGAAAUUCCAGGAUUUUUCUCGAUUUGAGGUGAAUUUAUUCGCAGAUUGAAAUGAACAUAUUGACUUUGUUGCUAGCAACAGCGGUACUGGCGCAUAUGGAUAUUAAAAAAGUUGGUAAUUUCGAUUAUUUCGAGCUAACUUUAAUUUACCCAACAUCUGUUUGUCGUGCCUAUAACGCACCUACUAGAUUUGUUGCCGAGGAGACGACUAAUUUUUGCAAAGUACCUGUCAAUACUUUCUCAUGGACAAUUCAUGGAUUGUGGCCAGAUCGUAACGAUGGGUCUUUCCCGCAAUUCUGUGUUGACAAGACGAAGAGAUUUGUAUUAUCCAAACUUCUCCCAAUUCAACAGGAAUUGGAAAGAAAGUGGCCAAAUUUGCUUGUGUUGCAAUCCGUGUCGUCGCUGUGGAAACAUGAAUGGGAAAAGCAUGGAACAUGUGCAGGGACUGUGGAAGAAGUCGAUGAUGAAUUGAAGUAUUUCAACAGAUCUCUCGCUCUCUAUGAACAGUUUAAUAUCUUCGGUACGUUGGAAAAGCAAGGAAUUAUCCCAUCAGAGAAAAAGUUAUAUGACUGGUUAUUAUUACACCAGAGUCUAAGAUCCGCUUAUGGAAAACAUGUGGAAUUUCAUUGCUUACAAGAUAAGGAGACCAAAAGUUGGUUAUUAGCUGACGUGCGUCUAUGUUUAACGAAGAAUUUCCAACUUAUGGAUUGUAAAAAGAGGCCAUGGAAAUGGCAAAGCUCGAAGAAGUCACUCUUAACAUAUCAACCUUGUCCUGCAGAUGGUAUUAUCUAUCUUCCUUUCAAUAAUACCCAUUCAGUAAAUAGUAGUAUUAUAAUAAUUUUAAUCUUAUUUUUAUGGAAUCACUUCCAUCUUGAGACCUUUUUAUUUUGCUUUAAUGACGACAGAGCUCAUUUCUUCUUUUUGGUUUCUUUUAUUUACUGCACAGCGUAUAAUAAAGAGUAGCGAG